CACGCGCGCUUGCUUUUGAGGGAAAGUAGCAGUUCCCGCGGGUGGCGAGAGCUGGAGGGAGCCUGAGCAAAAUGAACAAGCCGGGAAAGAAGGACUCGCGCACCAGUAAAACGCCCCCCGAAAAGAAGAGGGUAAAAACAUUUGAGCAGCCUUCCUCGCCGGUUCAAGAAGAGCCGGAACCUGUGAGCUGUGUAUUGCAAGGAGAUGAAAUCCAGGCUCUAGCCAUCAAGUUGGAAGACUUGGAAAAGCUCCGUACUGCACAACUGCCUCCAGAAGAGAAAGAGAAAAUUCCUGUGACCAAGAAGUACCUCAUUCGCAAAUCUAAGCCCCAAGAAGUUGGGAAGAAGGCAUAUUUCCUGGUUGCUUAUCCAACUGUUUCAGAUGAAACCAAGAAAUCACUGCAUUAUUCUGGUCUAGAAGAACCGGUUUUUGAUAACUUUGGAUAUAUCCUCCCCCAUAGCAUAUUAGGAAGUCUCCAGGAAUUCAAGCAAGAAGCUACAAAAAGAGGGCAGGAUCAGGUAGCGAGACUAGUUCCUGGUGAAUUACUUCAUGGAGUGUCAGUCCCAUUUUUGGGGAGGUUCAGAGAGAAGCGCAAGGAAGAAAAGAGAAGCGCCCCGCCGCCUUCGCGGCAGCACAUGGCCCUUCAGAACUGGAACCGCAACAUGAAGCUCAGGAGGGCGCAGCAGAAAAGGCUGUGUGAAUGUCUCCACAAAUCAGAAAGCAAGCUGCUGAUGAACUUUGCGGAGAGUUACAGAAAAAUCCAGGAAGAGCGUACUCUAAUUGACCGCAGCCUCCCUUUUCUGUACCUCGGAAAGGGCUUCAAUGUAGGGACUGAAUUCUGGAACCAGCCUGUGCUCAUUGGAGAUGAGGUCAACGGACUGGCGGUGUCAAUGGGCCAAAGUGAGCUUGGCUUCCCAGAAGAAGUCACUCACAUUGGGAAACCUCGCAUCAUCUGGAAGGAGAUGGGUACCAGACCUCCGAAAUACCUCAGUUUCCAUCGCACCUGGGAGAAGAGUCUCUUUCUGAAGCAGCGGCGAAACGAGUUAAAGGAUAUCUUAGAAAAGUUGGAUUUUUACAACCCGGACCUGGAUGGCCUUGAAGUUGUAAGCAGAAAUCACCCAUACACCAGUGUAACGGCAGAGAGUCUGUCAUCCUUAGCAGAAGAAGAAGAAGAAAGUAGAGAAUUUCCUGAAGAAAAACACUGGGACCCAUUAGCAAAGUACCCAGAUGUGGUUUCAGCACCAGUGUUGGGCCCGUCUCUGAAGUUCUGUGAACAACCAGCUCGCUGGAUCAGCACCACUUCUGAAGAGGGUGAAGUUGGCAUCGCUGCCCGGGUCACCUUUGAAAUUCUAGUAGGUGAGAAAGCUGAAUCUCUGCUCACUGUGAGCAAUGACGGCACGGCUGCCAUCUGGUAUGAUUGGCGAAGGCUACCUCAACCCUUUAGCUUUCAAGAGAAAAAAAGGAAAGACAUGCAGAAUUUUUACUUCAACACCAGAUCAGGCGUUAUCCUACCUAGAGAAACCAGGAAGUUUUCUUUCAUCUUCAAGGCGAUAAAUGCAGGCAUCUUCACAGAGUCCUGGGAGUUUGGCACUCGUCCUGUGUUGUUAGGAGGUGCUAUGUUGCAAGUGACCCUGUGGGGAAUUGCUGUGUAUGAAGAUAUAUCAGCUGAUCUCAGGAACGAGAUAGAGGAAGAGCUAGAAGCCCGGGAAGUUGCUGUCAUAGUGGAGGAGAAUCUGAAGGACCUGCUUGAUCAAAUCCGCGUACCAGAGCGAGCACGGUCUCCUCACGAUGCAUAUGUCACAGAGGAAGAGCUGUUCCACAGAAUGAACCCAGAGUUGUACUACCAGCACCAAGUGGUAAAGGAGCUGUAUGAUCUGUGGAAUAAACUCAUGAAUCCUCUUCCAGACGAGGAGGAGAUGAGGAAAAGCACCGCUACCCAAGAAGAAGCCUCUCUGCCCAAGAGCGGUGGGGAGUCUCGGCAGAAGAGCCCCGAUGAACUGCUCCGUAAGAGCGUGUCCCCAGAUGAUCCGUCGGUGAGGAAGUCCAUGGCAGAGGAGCUGGCCGGCGAGCUGAGUAGGUCUGAUGUGGAGGACAUCAACCGAAUGGAGGACAUCAACCGAGUGGAGUGGAAUCUGUCCAUCUUUGACUUUAAACAGACUUUGCUGACAAUCCCCGAGGAAGAGGAACGAGAAGCUGCCCUGGCCCAGCUCAAUAAAGCGGCCUUGGAACUUUGUUAUCCACCAGUGAUGCCUCAGACAGACCUCCUUUACCAAAUAUGUUUCCAGUUGUUGCGUGAAGUGAUUGAUGGUCUGGUGAGCCGUUCACUGGUGCUCAGGUCGCUGCUUGGUAUGCCUGAGAAGGAUACUUACGUAGAAGUUGUUCCAGAGGAAGUAGUUGAGGUGAAGCCAGUUGCCGCGAAGACGGGGAAAGAGGACCGGAAACUUCAGAAAGAAGACAAGAAGGCUGCAAAGGAAAAAGAAAAAGAAAAAGCGAAAGCAGCCAAAGAGGAACGUCCAAAAAGCACGAAAGCCAAAUUGAAAGAAGAGAGAAAAGCAAGAGGUUCCACAAAGGAGACAAAGGAGGCUGUCGCUGCAUUACAGGAAGCUGCAGGGGCAGAGGGCCAAGAUGCUCACCAAGAACAAGUGGAUCCAAUCGUGCAGGAAAAGUACCACGAGAAACUUUAUGUCGAAGUUUAUGGACUGCUGGAUUCAAUGGUAAGCAAAAUGCUUUCCCUCUUUGAGGUGCUGAAGAAGGAUCCCUCAGAAAAGAAGAACAAACCACCUUUUGUCUAAAUUCUACUGAUUUCGUAAUGAAAUAAUAAUAAUAAUAAUAAACCCUGUUUAUAUAUGC